AAAGAAAAAGAAAAUAGCAAUAAAAUGAGAUGAAAUCCACAAUUUUAAUUUAAAACUUUCAUCUCAAUUCACUUUUUAAUCUUUGACAUUUAAAAAGUCCAAAAUAAAUAGGGGGUGUGAAGAGUAAAAAAAUGAUGUAAAUAACAUUUCCGUAGACGUUAACACGAAGAACUUCUCAACGGUAUGACCCAACAGUGAUCAUUUAGAGCGUCUAACGGAGAUUCGGUACGGUAGUCUUUCUCCCCAGUUCCCUCUCUGUAGGUGGGAAGUUCCUUUCUCUCAAACAUUCGGUACGGUAUACUGCUUUUGAUUUACAAGUCACCUUCGCUUUGAGUUUCUUUUAGCCAUUUUCACAAACACCUUUCGCUCAACGUUUAAGAACCUCAUAAAUUUUUGUUUUCUUAUUUUGGCGCCCUUUCCAAUUUCGAGAGACUGAAGUGUGAAUUGCUUAUUUGCCAAUCAUGAUCAGAAUCAGAUCUAACUUACCUCUUUUCUCUGUUGUGCUAUCUCGCAUCAGCCAUAACUCAAUCGCUGUUAAUCAUUGUCAUAUAGUAAAGAAGCCCCUUAUGGGUGCUACUUUCAAUUUCUUUGACCCUUUUAAGUCUGAAACUUUUUUAGCACCACAAAAGUUUGGUUUCUCAGUCAAGCCUUUUUCUACUUCAUCUUCAACCAGAAGCCUUGGGGCUUCAACUGAUGCCCCUGCACAUGGGGCCUUGGGUGACGAUGAUGAUGAUGGGGAUGGGGAUGGGGAUGAGGAUGAUGAUGAUCACGACAACAAUAAAGAUAAGAAUGAUACCCAUUGUAGUCAGUUACAUUUAAGGGAUGAUGGUCUUGCCAAAGAUGUUAAAACCAUUUUGGCUAUAAUGCAUGAAGUGGGUUCUGGACCAUCUCAAAUUAAGCAGAAGCUUGAGCAUUGCAGUAUUGUUCUAUCACCCGAGCUGGUUGUGGAGGUCCUUUCGAGAACUCGUAAUGAUUGGGAAGCAGCUUUCACUUUUUUCUUGUGGGCUGGCAAGCAACCGGGGUAUGCUCAUUCGGUUCGCGAGUACCAUUCUAUGAUCUCCAUCCUUGGCAAAAUGAGGAAGUUUGAUACUGCUUGGAACUUGAUUGAGGAAAUGAGAGGAGGUAGAAAUGGUCUAUCUCUUGUCACUCCGCAAACACUGUUGAUUAUGAUAAGGAAAUACUGUGCUGUACAUGAUGUUGCAAGGGCUAUCAAUACCUUCUAUGCUUAUAAACGGUUUAACUUUCGAGUUGGGCUAGAGGAAUUUCAUAGCCUUCUUUCUGCCCUUUGUCGGUAUAAGAAUGUGCAAGAUGCUGAGUACUUACUGUUCUGCAACAAAGAUGUAUUCCCGUUAGACACCAAAAGCUUUAACAUCAUUCUGAAUGGAUGGUGUAAUUUGAUUGUUAGCACUAGUCAUGCAGAAAGAAUAUGGCAUGAGAUGAUAAAGAGAAGAAUCCAACACGAUGUUGUCUCCUAUGGAAGUAUCAUAUCUUGCUAUUCAAAAUCUUCUAAACUUUACAAGGUGCUCAGGAUGUUUGAUGAGAUGAAGAAAAGGAAGAUUACUCCAGAUAGGAAGGUUUAUAAUGCUGUCAUUUAUGCCCUAGCAAAGGGCAGGCUUGUGAAAGAAGCUGUCAAUCUCAUUGGAACAAUGGAAGGCAAUGAUGUUACUCCAGAUGUUGUGACUUACAACUCCCUGAUCAAGCCUCUUUGCAAAGCCCACAAAGUUGAUGAAGCUAAACAACUUUUUGAUGAGAUGUUGAAACGGCACCUCUCCCCAACAAUUCAAACUUUUCAUGCUUUCUUCCGUAUAUUGCGGACCAAGGAAGAAGUAUUUGAGCUCUUGGACAAAAUGAAAGAGCUGCGGUGCUACCCAACCAUUGAGACUUAUAUAAUGUUGAUAAGAAAGUUUUGCCGCUGGUGCCAGCUUGAUGAUGUAUUUAAGAUAUGGGAUGCAAUGAGGGAAGAUGAAAUAAGCCAUGAUCGUAGUUCAUAUAUAGUGCUGAUUCAUGGGCUGUUUCUAAACGGAAAGCUAGAGGAAGCACAAAGAUAUUAUGCAGAGAUGCAAGAGAAAGGCUUCCUACCUGAACCGAAGACAGAAGAAAUGCUUCAAGCAUGGGUUUCCGGGAAACAGGCUACAGAGGGUCAGGAGAAAGAUUUAGAACCAAGUCAACUGGAAAAUGAUACUCUUAAAAAGAAAGUAAAGGGCAUACCGAGUAAAUUUGACAGGAAAAAAGCCUUUCUUCGUGAACCUGAGACCAGAAGAGUAACAAGAGAACGGGGUUUUUCUUUCUGGGAGCAGUAAAUCCUUAUUUGAUAAGAGGUGGAUGGCAUACUCUUUUCUUGGUUUAUAGCCAGACUUCAACUUCCUUUAUCGUAAGCAAGAGCUGCAAGGUUAGUGCAAUUAGUAAACAACCUUAGUUUGUUAACUGUUAGGAUUGGAGACUUUUGAGUUAAAAUUUAUGGUGAUCUAAAUGUCAUUGCUCCUUUACUACCGGUUCACCUUGGUGAAUGUUGUAAUACUGGAGCUGAACUCGGGCAGGUGCUUGUAUAUGUAUCUUGACAAGUGGAUCUAGAAAUUCAAACCACUGCUGUUAUCACUUUGAUUGCAGAGAAAAAUGUGAAUUGAUAGUU